AUGCCUCCCUCUCAUUCAUCAUCUCCUGUGCCUGACACCCUCAUGCCCCCAGUGGUCGCUGAGCCUGCGGCCUCUGCUGCAGAUGCUCCACCCAUUACUGAGCAUUUUCUUCCAGAGCUCAGCCCUCAACUCCCUUUGUUGCCAGUUAUGGUGGUCCCUCCACCACCCCCUGUCAUCAAGGAGUCCAUUCCAUUGGUGACCUUCACAUCGCCUGGUCAAGAGCUCUCUGUCGAGGGGCACGAGUCCCUGUGCACCAGCUUCCUGAGUUGCCUGCAGUCACCAGUACAGAAAAAAACCUUCGAGUUGUGCAAACCUGACUCGGAUAUCGAUUCUUGUAUGGCCAGCUACAUCCACGUCCUUCGGCCUGUCCUCAAUCCCUUCACCACUGUCAAUUGGUUGCCUUGGGGCAUCCUGUUCCUUAGCCCUUUGCAUGUGCAAAAACUUCUCCUGGAGUGCUCGAAGGCUCAAUGUUAUAAGCUCACUUCUGGCAUGGACAUCAUAUGCUGGACCAAUAACAUUCCCAAGAAUGGGGCGCUGCCAGUUACUUGGGACACCCUUGACUUCUUUUCCUCAGAUUGUGUUAUUGUUCCUCCUGAGGCUCCAGUUGGCGUGCUGACUAGCCCUUCAACCACCCGUGCUGUGAAGGCUGAGCCUGCCCUUCUUCCUGAAGUUCCUGAAGCUCAACCUGAGGUUUUUGUCAUUCUGGAUGGGCCCCGCCCAAAGGCCAAAAGCAGGCUUCAUGUUCGUUCACCGACACCACUGCCUCCCUUGCCUUCCCCAUCCGCUUCUUCUCCUGAUCAUGAUCUUUCAUCGGAGUCCGAGGCUGCAUUGGUCUUAGCUAUGCUCAAGGCUCACAGUCUCCCAUCUUGCACUGCCAAAUCCACUGCCAUCAAUGAGGGGGAGUCCGAGCCUGAUGCUCCCAGUGGCAUUGAGAUGGUGGAGGCUGAGCCCGUCAUUGCUGCUGUCGCUGCAGCUUCUUCAGCUAAGGAUCCUUCCAUGAACCUGCCCUUCUUGAUCCAAAACCCAGUGUACCUGCCUAUGUACUUCCUGGCCUGGCGUGCACCCAUGCACGCUGUCCAGCCGUGCCACUUCUGGAAACUUGAGUCCUUGCCCAUUGUCGCCGACAUUGAACAGUGGGUUGCCCUUCCCAAUGUCUACAAGGCCCAUGGUUGGCCUGUGCUGAAUACUCCGGUUUCUGAGCAGCACGAGAGCUAUUCUUGCAUGGCCGAGUUCAAUGACCUGUUUAAGACAAUGAACAUUGAGUUCUGCACGUUGAAGACUCGCCGAGGAGCCUCAGUGAUGGAUGACAAGCUCUAUGAUUGGCUGAUGCAUCACAGCCCCAUUCUUUUCUCAGCCAGGGACCUUGUCACUGGUCAGCCCAACCCCGAGAUUGCCAGGACCAUCUCCGAAAUGAUCGUUCGCUGCAUGCCACUCGAUAAGCUUCUUCCUCAGUCUUAUUUGGUUGUUACACCAUCAGCCCCUACUCCUGGACCUUCAAUCAUCUCUGCAGCUGCUGCUGCACCACUGCCCCUUCCUACUGAUGCGGAGUCUCUGGCCACCUUCAUCAAGGCAUUUCGGGAGCAGGAUCAUGAGGAAUGCUGGGCUCACAAGGAGGCUCACAAGGCUCGCAAAGAGUGGAAGUUGCAUUAG